AUGUUUAAAGAGGUUGAACAAAAGAGUCCAGCAUUGCUAGCUAGUCUUCCACCUUACCACUUUUCUAAAAUCAUCGAUAUCGUCGUCCGAGAAAAACACAAGUCCAUUGGCGGCGAACUCGUCAAUCGUUUACAUCGAGCAUCCGAUAUCCUUGAACUUAUGCGUAAACUCCAAGUUCGACCCAAUUAUGCCAUUCUUCUUACUGCUCUAUACAUCUAUGGCCGCAUGCAGGACUUUUCUGCUGUCAACAGUGUAUUUGCCGAAAUUCAGCAACGAGAAUUCUCUGAUAUGAAUCGAAUGACAUUGGCUCGCAUGUGUCAGGCAUGUAUUCUUUGUGGCCAAGAAUCUCGAGGGCAAGAGUAUUUUUCUCAGCUUCUUCAUAUUGACCGAUCCACCCGAUCUUACAAUCUCCUCAUCAUCUCCUAUUCACUAAAUAAUGACGAAAUGGGUAUGCUGCGUUCACUUGAAAGAAUGCUGAAUGAUCGCUUUACUCCCGAUGCGUCAUCCAUCUCUGCUUUGUGUCGGUUAUAUCGGCACAGAGGUGAUCCUGGAACGGUGCACAACCAUUUACGUGUAUUUAAAGACAAUGGUGGUGUAUUGACUCUAGGGAUGUAUGUGAUUCUCAUGCAAAUGGCCAACAGUCUUGGUAAUUAUAAAGAUGUCAUCAAGUACCACAAGGAGAUGCAAGCAAAAGGAAUUGAAACCACUUCAUCGGUAUUGAGUGAAAUAUUGAUUGCCUGUGCUUAUCUAGAUGAUGUGAAUGCCAUGUGGUCAGCUUAUAAGGAUUAUGUCGCUUCUGGAUUGAACUUGACCAAAGCAAUGCGAUUUGCACUGUGUCAAUCGAUUGGAUCAUUGGCUACAGACAGCAGCGGCUUAUCCGAGGUUAUCGUGGUAGCUGCUACUCGUAACAUAGAUUUACGACACAUGUAUGAGCAAUUGGUUCGAGGAUACGUUUUACUAGGAGAUGCUGAAUCUGUCAAGGUAAUAUUGCGGCAAAUGAAGGUCGGAGUCAAGCGAUUGCGGCUAAAAGAAUACGCACAUGUCGUUUGGGCCUAUGUAAAUGCUGGAGAUGCUGAAUCUGCUUUAGCAUAUGUAUUGGACAUUGAAAGACGGAAUCAUAGCCAGAGCCCAGAAUUAUGGUUUGCAGUUUUGGUUGCCGUUGUACAAUUUUCACCCGAAUCAGUCAAGAAGAUAGUUGAUCAUAUUCAAAACAACUUUCCAAAUGUUUCUAUGGAUGAAAUGUGGGAUCGUGUAAAGAAGCAGAUAAAAGGCUCACGAGAGCUGAGGAGUGGAUUUGACGAAUAUAUUUAA